AUGCCGGUCUUUCAGGAAACAGCACAUGCGUCGCGAGAUCUUCGCGUUAGACGUUCUCGUGCUCGUCCGUUACCACGACUUUCAGCACAGCCGGAGAUUAGCGGGAAUAAUGAACAGGGUAAUGAUGAGAAAUAUGAAGUGGUCGUAAUCGGGGCCGGCCCAGCAGGACUUUUCCUCACCUUAUUGCUAGCUCGCUACGGCCUCUCCGACUCCCUAGCAUGCUUCGACAAAAAACCCGGCACCCUCAAAGCUGGACAGGCGGAUGGUCUCCAACCGCGAACUCUGGAAGUCUUCUCGACAUUAGGCUUACACCAUGAAAUCCUCGAUGAAGGAUGCCAUAUGUCAGAAGUCGCAUUUUGGAACCCCGGUACGACCCAAAAAGGCAUCGAGCGAACCGCAUUCGUGCCUGAUGUCGUUGUUCCAGCACGAUACAAACAUGAAGUUACCAUUCACCAGGGACGGAUUGAGCGGAUUCUAGAGGAAGAUUUCCAGGCCUAUUCUCCUGAUCGGUCAAUUUUUCGGUCGACAGAGUUUGUGGAUUUUACGCUCGAUCCCAGUACUGAUCCUGAGUUUCCAGUUAGGAUUGAGAUUGAUGUGUUGGGUGAUGAGGGGUCCUCCGCCCAGCGCAAGGUUGUGCGAGCAAAGCAUAUUAUUGGUGCUGAUGGCGCGCAUUCAAAGAUACGCCGAAGCAUGGGUUUGCAGUUACACGGUGAUACCACGGAUCACAUUUGGGGCGUGGUUGAUUUUGUAAUCGAUACAAAUUUCCCGGAUAUCAGGAAACGAUGCGCAAUCCAUUCAGACACUGGCUCGGUGAUGGUCAUCCCAAGAGAGCGUAUUGCCUCGGGACAUUACCUCACUCGUCUUUAUGUGCAAAUUAAAGAUGAGAUUCCCGCAGAAGCGGAUGGAGAGACUCUGGAUGAAAAGGCAAAAUCGAGUAAGCGUCGUGCCGCUAUUACGCUCGAGAGCAUUCUGGAGCAAGGGAAGCGGGUAUUUGCGCCAUAUAAGAUUGCAAUAAAACCAGGAACUGAGGUAGAUUGGUGGGCUGCAUAUCAGAUUGGACAGCGAAUGACGCAUCAGUCUACUUUGAAAGAUGAGAGUGGGAUGGAGAGAGUGUUCCUCGUCGGAGAUGCGUGCCAUACACACAGUCCAAAAGCUGGCCAAGGGAUGAACGUUUCCAUGAUGGACUCCUACAAUCUGGCAUGGAAACUGGCCCACACAAUUCACGGCCUCAGCCCUAAGCCUCAGUCAAGCACCAACAAUUCAGAGCAGGACACUCCCACUUCCGUGCUCAACACAUUCCAACAUGAACGUCUCACAGUCGCUAGACAACUCAUUGAAUUCGACUCCAAAUUCUCAUCCAUGUUCUCCGGUCAAAUCGGAGCUGAAGAGUCAGUCGAGGGUCUUACACAUGAAGAAUUUCUCAAAGUCUUCAGCGAUGGAAGCGGGUUUACAAGUGGUUGUGGUGUCGAAUAUGCGCCUAGCAUAAUCGUGGAUCAGAGUUCUGAACCGGAAUCAAUGGCACACGUUGAUUCCACAAAGUCUGUCAACGGAGAUGCCUAUCUCUCUGGUGUCCUGCGGCCAGGCCGACGGUUACUUGACACAGUUGUUCGUCGCUAUGCAGAUGCAAAUCCACGUCACCUUCAUGACGAGUUUCUAUCGACUGGUCGGUAUCGUAUACUAGUCUUUGCGACACACGACCUCGUUGAUCGUCAAAAGGAGACAACCAAUCACUCUGGACAAUCUCUCUCCGCACAAGCUCUUGAGACUAUCUGUCGCGACAUAAUACCCGCAUAUCCCAAAGAUACAAUCGAACUUGUUGUCCUUCAUCCAUUCCAUACACGCGACUUUGAAUGGGAUCAGAUGCCAGAUUGUCUUAAGGAAUUCGCAGAGAUGAGUUUCCAUGGACCGAUGGGUCCGGAUGCUUUGCAUGAGAUAUAUGGUGUUAAUGAGGAUAUAGGAGCCGUUGUCGCGGUCAGGCCGGAUGGAUAUGUUGGAGCUGUAAAGUCGUUGACUGAUGCACGGAGUCUGGGGGCUUAUUUCGAUAAUUGUUUGGUGCGCGUUGAUGCUUAG